AUGGCGGCACCAGCAGCAAUCGGGGGCUCAUUGCCUGCGCGGGUAGCCAAAUCCAAGGCGCAAAAUCAAGAUGAUUCGAUCAUGGGGACAAACAACAGUAGUAUCGUCUCCAAAAGAAGCGUCGAGCGAAUAUACUACCCAAAUGAACCUCAAUUUUUCCGUCACUUCGUCAAGAAGCCUCAGAGGCGUUCUCCACUGAUCAAUCGUGGCUACUGGUUGCGAAUGAAAGCCAUCGACCAGGUCGUGCGCCAAUUCCUGGAGCAAGAGUCCGAGAAGCAAAAGGUAGUCAUCAAUCUGGGAUGCGGAUAUGAUCCUCUGCCAUGGCAAUGUUUUCAUCGCUGUCCGAAGGCAUGCGUAGGAGCAAAGUUUAUCGACAUUGACUACAAGGAUCUCAUUCUCAAGAAGCGAGCGGUUGUCCAAAGUACGUACGAGCUCAAUUCGAUGCUUGCGAAUGUUGAGCUAUCUGAGGGGGAUGUUUUAUUUCGAAGUGAUCAGUAUGUUCAGCUCGGCUGCGAUUUGAGAGAUCUCGUGGCUCUGAAGCGAGUAUUGACAGAUGUUGUCGACAUCAAUAAGUGCUUGAUUCUAUUCACCGCGGAGGUUUCGAUUACAUAUAUGAACGUGGAAGCAGCAGAUUGCUUAAUCGCAUGGGCUAGCAAUCUUCCCGAAGCUCGCUUCUGUCUAUUGGAGCAGCUCAUUCCAGAUGGAAACGAGCACCCGUUCUCCCAGACUAUGAUGGCACAUUUCGAUAAAUUACAGACACCUUUAGGGGCUGUCAAAAAAUACCCUACAGAAUAUGACCAACGAGGUCGCUUCCAUGGCCUGGGUUGGCCGAACGUGUCGAUUUGCAAUCUGUGGAAACUUUGGAGCUCGCCGAAGUUUAUUUCCUCCGAGGAACGAAGGUCUCUGGAUACAAUCGAACCUUUUGAUGAGUGGGAAGAAUUCGCCUUGUUUGGAAGCCAUUACUUUCUGCUCGUUGCAGACAAAUCCAAUAACGAUGCAUGCACAAUUUGGGCCGAGGUACAAGAAGAGCAAGAGGCGUUUCUGGCGCCGAUCAAUGGGGUAGGAUCCGGCAUCGAAGUAAAAUCAGUAUUCUCGAAGUACCCAAAGGCCCAUGGAUAUCGACGCUUCGCGGCAUCCAUGCCCCUCAAAGGGCAAGAUCGGUCCCACGAUAGAAUUGGGGUGUUUGGAGGCAUGGGUUUGACAACACGGACCGACUCAUACGAUGAGUACAGUACGGAAACCAUCGAGCCUCGCACCGUCAAUUCUCACGGGUCUGAUACGACUCCGUCUAGCAGAAUGUGUCACACCAUGACAGACCUGGGUGAUAUCUCACUACUAGUCGGCGGCAGAAACUCUCCAGACAACGCUUCGAAAGAGUGCUGGCUAUUUCACAAGUGGCUCAAUACAUGGGAACGCGUCGAGGAUCUUCCCUGGCCUUUGUAUCGCCAUCAAGCUACAUAUCUUGGCCAUGGAUUUGUACUUGUAUCACCUGGGAGGAUCGACUCUAGGACGAUCUCUGAAAGCUUUAUCAUUUGGCAUCGCCGGACAGGUUGGGUAGAAUGUGCAUACUCUGGAGAAUCGCGGCUGCCCCCUUCAUAUGGAGGUGUUUUCUUCUCAUCCAAGGCAGAAUCAUUAAGAGAUCUGAAAGACGACAGAUAUGGCUUCAUUGCUGGUGGGAUGUCUAUCGAUUCAUGUGUACUUGGCGAUGUUUGGAAAUGGUCUUUACAAGGCUUAUCUAGCAAGAAACCAACAAUAAGCUUUCGUCGUUUUGAAAACUUCAAGUCUAAUAAUCUGGUCGCUCGAUUCGGUGCGACUGCCGUCGAGUACCAAGGGAACACCUACAUCGUAGGUGGAAUCAUCCCGGAUGAGAUAUUGGGGUCAACGAAAGAGCUCUGUGUAUUCAGAAUGGAAGGAGAUACUGCUUCAGUGUCAGUCGUUGACCCCGGUCUCAAUCCUCGACCUCUUCUGAUAGGCUCGACCGUUGUUGCCUCCGGACAGUCUCUGGUCAUAACAGGAGGAUCAGCUGUUUGCUUCUCCUUCGGAACGUAUUGGAACAAAGGAUGCUAUACAUUGCAUACGGAACUCUCAGAAAGCUGUAUGUCGGGAGCCUCAGGCCUGGAUUCGAAGGCAGAAUCGACCGAGAUCUGGAAAUUAGCUCAGACCGUGGCUGCUCAGACCCCCCCCAAAAUUCCCGUAACACCUAACACUACGGAUCCAGUCACCAUGACGUCUAUCUCAAGAGUACAGCUCAGAUCAGCGACAGACUUCAGUCAGGCUCUCCAGACUUCGGCUCCUAUCAUCUUCGAAAAGGUUGAUCUUGGCCCCUGUGUUCAAAGUUGGACAAUGGGGUAUCUCAAGGAGAAGGUUGGUAUAGAUCGCGAGGUGAUCGUCCACGAAGCCAGCACAGAGCACAUGGACUUCAAGUCCAAGAACUUCAAAUAUACCCCUAAACGCUUUGGUGACUUCCUAGACCAGGUCGAGACUGGAGAGAAGCUCUACCUCCGUUCCCUAUCCUCUGACAAGCCUUCAGAGCAGCCGGCCGACAUUGCCAGAGAUUUCCCCUUCAUUUCUGCCGAUUUUCGACUACCUUCAGAGUUAUCCUUUGUCGCAGACAAUGCGCAUAGUUCUCCGCUCCGCAUAUCCGGCUCUGUAAACAUGUGGCUGCACUACGAUGUCAUGGCGAAUGUUUACUGCCAAGUCAGGGGCUCUAAGCGACUUCUCCUCUUCCCACCGUCGGACGUGACGCACCUCCAGUUCGAGCCCGGAUCCUCAAGCUCGCACAUCAACGUGUUCGAAGAAAUCGCCAACUCACGACUGGGAGGCACUCAUCCACACGAAGCUAUCCUCCAGCCCGGAGAUAUCCUCUUCCUACCACCGCUAUGGCUGCACACGGCGUCGGCCGCGUCGGGAGUCAGCAUUGCGGUGAACGUCUUCUUCCGCAACCUCUCGACCGGCUAUGCUGCCGGCAAGGACGUCUACGGAAAUCGAGACCUGCAAGCGUACGAGAAGGGGAGGCAGGAUAUCGCCAAGAUCGUCAAGUCCUUUGCCGGUCUGCCUCGGGACGUGACCGGGUUUUAUCUGCAGAGAUUGGCUGACGAGCUGGCGCAGAAGGUUUAG